AGCAAUAAUGGGCAUGAAACAACAACCUCACAAAACCACUAUUUCUAUUAGAUAUUCAACAAUUCUAACUCUAGCCCUUCUCCUUACCUCGGCUUUUCUCUUCAUUUCUCCACUUAUGCAUGUACAGGAACCUUUACUGUUUCCUUCUGAGCAAACCUCUUUUAGUGGAGACCUCAGAGAUGCUAAUUUUCCAUGGAACAAACUUUGUUUCGGACCGACUUUUGAGAAGCUAAAACUUGCAGUUUUCUCCAAGACAUGGCCGAUUGGUGCAGCCCCUGGGGGCAUGGAACGCCAUGCUUCUACUCUAUAUCAUGCUCUAGCUGCCAGGGGUCAUGAAAUCCAUGUGUUCACUGUGCCAUCAGAUAGGAGACCUCAUUCUGAUAUCCAUGAAGGCAACCUUCAUGUGUAUUUUGCUGCAAAUGAUCAUGGUUCUGUUAACUGCUCUCUAGCAUUUGAGAUAUUCAACAAGAUAGGGACUGAUGUAGCAUUUGAUUAUGUGCAUACAGAGAGUGUUUCAUUGCCUUAUUGGAGAGCAAAAAUGCUGCCUCAUGUAGCUGUAACUUGGCAUGGAAUUUGGUAUGAAAUUAUGCACUCCAAGUUAUUUGAAGAGCUAUUUUCAAAUCCAAAUGGGGUUCUUCCAAGCCCUACGACAGAGCUUCAAGAAGCAAUGCCAAGGCUUAUCGACGAGAUUAAAUUCUUCUCGAGUUACAAACAGCAUAUAUGCAUCAGCAAUAGCGCAGGCGAGGUAUUAAUAGACAUCUAUCAGCUGCCUCAGAGAAAUGUCCAUGUCAUACUAAAUGGGGUAGACAGCACAAAAUUUGUGCACAACCCAGAAGCAGGAAUAAGGUUUAGAAGACGAUACGGUAUCCCUGAAAAUGCAAGCCUUGUGAUGGGAGUUGCAGGGAGGCUGGUUAGGGACAAGGGACAUCCACUGCUACAUGAGGCAUUUUCCCUGAUCAGAAAACGCCACCCUGGUUUAUGCCUGGUGGUGGCAGGGUCAGGUCCCUGGAGGAGAAGGUAUGCUGAAUUAGGCUCUAGUGUUAAAGUUUUAGGUGCAUUGGAGUCAUCACAGCUUUCAGAGUUCUAUAAUGCAAUUGAUGUGUUUGUCAACCCAACAUUGAGACCUCAAGGACUUGAUCUUACAUUAAUUGAAGCAAUGCAUUGUGGGAAGCCAGUUUUGACCCCAAAUUAUCCAAGCAUAGUUGGGACAGUGGUGGUGAAUGAAGAAUUUGGCUACACAUUUUCACCUAACGUGAAGUCAUUUGUUGAGGCCUUGGAGUUGGUUAUAAAAGAUGGGCCAAAAUUAUUGAACCAGAAAGGCUUAGCUUGCAAAGAGUAUGCUCUUUCUAUGUUUACUGCCACUAAGAUGGCAUCUGCCUAUGAGAGAUUCUUCCUCUGUAUGAAGAACACUAGAUAUUGUCAGUAUCCUCUUCCAACAGAUUGUUAAAUGUGAUCUAAAUUUUUCUGUUAA